GGCAGCGGCGGCGGCGGCGGCGGCGGGAGCGCGGCGUAGGCGGCCCGGGAGCGGCUGCUCCGCUCCGGUGCGGGAUGGAGCGCGGCGCGGCGGCGCUGAUCCGCGAGGGCUGGUUCCGCGAGACGUGCCGGCUGUGGCCCGGCCAGGCCAUGUCGCUGCAGGUGGAGGAGCUCCUGCACCACCAGCGCUCCCGCUACCAGGAGAUCCUCGUUUUCCGCAGCACCACGUACGGCAACGUCCUGGUCCUGGACGGGGUGAUCCAGUGCACGGAGCGGGAUGAGUUCUCCUACCAGGAAAUGAUCGCCAACCUGCCCCUCUGCAGCCACCCCGACCCCCGCAAGGUGCUGAUCAUCGGCGGCGGCGAUGGGGGAGUGCUGCGGGAGGUGGUCAAACACCCSACCGUGGAGUCCGUGGUGCAGUGCGAGAUCGAUGAGGAUGUGAUCCAGGUAUCUAAAAAGUACCUCCCAGGGAUGGCAGUGGGGUAUUCCAGUGCAAAGCUGACCUUGCAUGUGGGAGAUGGUUUUGAGUUCAUGAAACAAAAUCAAGAAGCCUUUGAUGUGAUUAUCACGGACUCAUCUGACCCCAUGGGUCCUGCAGAAAGUUUGUUCAAAGAAUCUUAUUACCAGCUGAUGAAGACAGCCCUGCGAGAAGAUGGGAUUCUCUGCUGCCAAGGUGAGUGCCAGUGGCUGCACCUGGAUCUCAUUAAAGAGAUGCGUCAGUUCUGCAAGUCUCUGUUCCCAGUUGUGGAAUACGCCUAUUGCACCAUCCCCACAUAUCCCAGUGGGCAGAUCGGCUUCAUGCUCUGCAGCAAGAACCCGAACACAAACUUCCGAGAGCCUGUGCAGCAGCUCUCACAGCAGCAAGUGGAGGAGAGGAGUCUGAAAUACUACAACUCUGAUAUUCACCGGGCAGCAUUCAUUCUGCCAGAGUUUGCACGGAAGGCCCUGAGUGAUGUGUGAGACCAAGAAGCUGCUUCCUUCCUUCAAGUUGGACCCUGAGAUUGUCGGUGAUAUGGUUGGGACCUUCUCAGCAGACUGUGGAUUUGCUCUUCACUGUGUGGGAUUGUUUAACCCUUGGCCAGCCAACAUUCCCUUUGAUGUGUUAAAGAUGAUGGGGCAUAAGCCAGAUAAGACUAUUGGAAAGGUCCAGUGACUUAGUGCGUGAGGUCAAAACUGUUCUUUCCAGUGCUGGAAACGUAAGAUGUCUUUUUCCUUUCUCUCCUCCCCUCACCAAUUCUAAAUUUCAUCCCACAUCCCCCUCCCCCCCAACCAACGUGAUGUAUUUAUAACUGACACAUAUUUCUGUCUGGUGGUCUGGGAAGAGUCCAAAGGGUCCCUGACUCAGCCUUAAACACAGARAGAGAGAGAGAGAGAGCUUUGUGCACAGUUAGCUCGCUCUCUCCUCGUGGGAGCUCUCUGCUGCUGAGACAUUUUGACUGGUAACAGGUCUGAACCUUGGUGUCCCCCUGCCCUGCUGUGACUCCUGCACUGCUCUGCAGCUCAGCUGGAGAAGUCACAGUGCAAACUGUUGCCAUUCACAAUAAGUCUCACUCCAGCCCUGAUGGAGUAGCAGUAUUAAACACCAGCCAGGCAGGCUGGCAGCAGUCGUGUGGCUUUUUUCUUUUAAUCGUUAAUUUUUAAAAUUGGUUAGAAACAGAAGUGCUGAGGUACCAGGCUGACUCCUGUUCUCACCUCUGCCCUCAGAGGGGUUCCAAAGAAUGUUUUAUCGAUACGGUGAUUGGCGCUUUAUAUAUUUAUAUAUAUAUAUAUGUAUAAAAAAUAAACCUUAGCUGCUGUUCAGUACUGAUGUUGGGGAGUCAAUUGUGCUGACAAAUCUCUCAUCUCAGUCACGCUGAGAUGCCUCAGGCCUGGGUAUUUGCAAGUUCUUAGGAGGCAUCAUUAUUUCUAAUGCUGUCCCCAGAUGCAUAAGUUGUUUCUCGUUGUACUCUGCAAGAUGGAACUGCCUCCAUUUCUUUCCUCUCUGAAGACUCCACACCCCAGCACAGUGGGAAUCACCCUCCAGCACCACCACUGUGCCACUGUCACUUCCUGCACUCGAUUAAACACUCGGCUCUGGUUAAGGUGACAUCAUUGUGGGUCAGUGUUCUUUUGGGAGASAGUGGCAGAGGAAAAUGGAGAUCCAGAAGGUUUGUUGUGCUUCCAGGUGCACUCUCUAGUUGGUCUGACCUGCUCUCUCAUCUUUAGGGAUGACAAGUUAUGAAAAGUAAGCUCUGAAGAGUGAUCAUGCUGCAUGUUUUGUAUUGUAGCACAGCUGCACCAUAGCUCCUCCAUCUUCUGUCAGCCCCUCUGCUGCAGACUCAGUACCUGCUAUCCAUGUCCAAAUGCUGCUAUUCUCCAKKCCAAAUGCUGCCUCUG